AUGGCAUUCGCACGCAGAUUAGCCAUCAUGCCUGGUGGCCUCGGCGGCCUUGGAUCCAGCAUAGGCCAAAAGCUGAGACAACAAGGUGCCCGUAUCGCCAUUCUUUACGCACCAUUCGAAGCUGCACGUCGCGACGAGCUUCUCGAAUCCGGGUACGGCGCGAGCGGCAAUCUAGAUGACAUCCACACCUAUGAAUGCGACAUCACCUCACCAGACUCCGUGCAGGCGGCUUUCGACUCUCUAGAGAAACAAUUGAUUGACCCAGCCUCCUCUGCAGCUGAAAGCGUCUUCCCCAGUAUCCUGAUCAACACAGCCGGAUAUGUAUCUCUCAGCGACAUGGAGAUAACACCUCCCGAAGAAACACUGAAACAUCUCACCACUAACAUCUACGGCCCAAUGCUCUGCUCUCAAGCGUUUGCUCGACUCUAUUUCGCCGCAUCCAAGGCGGCCGAAUCAUCGCCGAGUCCCCCACCACCGGGAAGAAUCGUCAGCAUUUCAUCUCAGGCUGCACAUGCCGCGCUGCAUCGACAUGGCGCGUAUUGUGCUUCGAAAGCUGGACUAUUGGGUCUGACGCGCAGUAUGGCAUCUGAGUGGGCUGGCCGGGGUAUCACGGCUAACACUGUGUCUCCGACUGUGGCAUGGACGGAGCUUGGGAGGAAGGCUUGGGGGGAGGCGAAUAUUCGCAAGGCCUUCUUGGCGAGUAUACCGACGGGCAAGUUUGCACUUCCGGAGGAGGUUGCUGAUUCCGUGCUUUUUCUUUGUCAGGAUUCUAGCGGUAUGAUCAAUGGUGCGGAUAUUAGAGUUGAUGGUGGUUUUACCGCUAGAUAA